AAUCCUAAAAAAUAGGGUGAUUAGUGCAAUUCGUCAAAAGCUUGAACUUGAUAAAUAAGUAAAUAACGACAUAACCACCAAUCAGCCAAAGCCAAUUGUUCCAAACUUUGUGAAUCUUUUUCAUUCAUCCAUUUCGUUUUUUAGCUUCUUGUUCUUUUCGUUGAUCGGCGACUUCCGUUAUAAGAGCAAUAAUCGCAUUGAACUAAUCAUUCUAUGGCGUCGGUGAAUUCCCUUACAGCAGGAGUUGGCAGCUGUGGUGGCGCUGGCGGUGGUAACGCUAGCGCAAACGGCGGUAGUAAUCAUAAUGUGUUUGUUUACGGCAGUCUAUUAGCCGACGACGUUGUUCGUGUUCUCCUUCGCCGCAUCCCUCAAAAUUCUCCUGCCAUCCUUCACGGCUAUCAUAGGUUUAGCAUCAAAGGGCGUGUUUAUCCUGCCAUUCUACCUGUAGAAAACAAGAAAGUUACAGGGAGGGUUUUAUUGGGGAUUACUCUUCCAGAAUUAGAAAUUCUGGAUAAAUUUGAGGAUUUUGAAUAUGAAAAGAGGGUUGUCGAUGUUUCUUUAAAGGAUACCCCUGAUGUCUUACAGGCUUAUACAUAUGUCUGGGCCAAGAGUGAUGACAGCAAUUUAUAUGGAGAAUGGGAUUUUGAGGUGUGGAAGGAAUCAAAGAUGAAAGAUUUUGUGAAUAUGACAAUGGGGUUUGUGGAAGAAGAAUCUAAGCCAAGAGUUAUAACCUAUGAAUCCUACUAUAAACCAGAAUGAUAUGCCAACAAUCUUUUGAAAGAUCCAUAUAUUUGUAUAGUCUGAAAAUAAAAAACAAAACUGGUUACUUGGUUAGGUUAUGUUUGCCUUAGCAUUUUCUCAUUUUCAUAGGCAUAUGAUUGAUGAUAGAAAAUCCUUGACUUGAAUUGCACUUGUUGAAUUUAAUCGUGUUUUUAUGAUGAUUCAUAUUCGGGUA